AGAGCCAUAUAUUUAUGUAUGAUAUGUAAAAGAAAGAAACUAGUUUUAUAAAUAUUUUUUUUUCUGUACCGAUUUUUCCAACUAAUAAAUGUAAAUAAUUGGGUUAUAAUGAAAGUGCUCGUUCAUCAUUAAAAUUUAUACUGGUGUCGCGUCUCGCAAGUAUUUAGUGUCUAUCAAAGGAAAUUGAUCUGCAUUCCUAAAAAAUUUAAAAAAAUUAAAAAAUUAUUAAAUGGAAUAAAAAUUGAUAAAAAAAAAAUUCAAAAUGCAAAGUAACGAAGUACGUAUACCAAAAAAUGCGGAUUUUGAUUUGUCGCCUUCUGCGCCGCCAUGUCAGUAUUUCAAGUCGUCGUUCGCACGGAGUCUCUCACUGACGUCAUCCGGCACGAAAUCCCUUGAACUUGACAUAAAUUUCGGAUUAUCGCCUUUCGAGAUGUCACCCAUCGAUAAAGACAUCACGGUAAUCGAAAACAACAACAACAACAAAAAAUACAAAUUAAAUGAGUCACCGAGAUCCUUGUCGGGCGGUUCAAUGGGCGCCAUUAAAGCUGCCCGAAGUCUUCUUUUCUCCGGGGAACCAGAUAAAAACUCGAAUGUUGGUGACCAACUUAAUCAAUCAGCUGAUCCGCAAAAACCUGAUUGGAACGAGAAUGAGAAGAAGAAGGAAAAAACAGCAGAAGAAAGUCAGAUGACCCCACCAACACCAAUUCAACCAACCCAACAAGACCUAUUUUACUUACAAAAUAGUCCCACAAACAACAGCGACAUGGAAAUACUUCGUCUAAGAAAGGAAUGUCAGAGCUUAAUUGAAGAAAAUCGUCGCCUAAUUGGAUUAGCGUCCAAUUCAUCAGCGACGUCAUCGGAGGCGGAUAACCGGCAUGUCGUAUUGAAUGGCAAUGGCAUGACAAUCACGAGCACGAGUAACGGCAAGAAUCCAGCUGGCGUCGUUGAAGCAGUGUUCCUGCAAACGCAAAUUGAUACGCUCAAUUGGCAACUGAAGCAGGUCGAAUCAAGUCGACAGAUGUACCGUGCAGUUACAAAAGAAGUCGCUCACUUUUUGGACAAAUGUUAUCGUAGCUUGGAGGCGAUUCAGACGCAGCAGAAACAGUGCCAAAGCGGUACGACAAUCGGGCGAUCCAAAAGUGUCGUGCAAGUGUCAAAACAUCACGAUUCCGACAGCAGUUGCUCCUCGAUGAUGACAAAAACGGCAAAAAGUGCGUCUCGUGCGAGAAGUAGUACAAACCUGAUCGACGCCUUUUGCGGAAAUAAAUCCACAGAUGGAACUGUCGAGUCUUAUGAGCAAUUCCGAGACUUUACGUGGCGUCGUCAACCGAAAGCAAAGCAACAACAAAAUGUCGAAACAAAUCCGGAAAAAUUAUCAAACGAAGCCUAUCGCUUGCUGCGAACACUUCAGAACCUCAUGAACACGCAAGAACCGCUUCUUUUGAACCCCAAUACCGCCAAUGCCAUGUCACUGGAGCCGCCGCAGCUCCUCAAAGCCACCCACGACGAACCCUUUUCUCGCAAAUCGCAAUCGCGCGAAUCCCGCCUCUCGUUGCGCAGCAGUACCGACGACUCGGUACACUCGAAUGCCACGACAACGACAACAAAUUCCUCGUCAUCGCUGAAAACGGAAACGGAUGAAGAGGCAACGCCCUGCAUGAACAUUCCACAGCAUCCGCCAACGAGUCAAACGCAUCUCGAUCGCAUCAAGGACGGGAUUUUGUCGUCGAUCGAUGACGAAAGUGGCUUCAGUUCGAUGAAUUCGUUUCAGGAAAUUGGACUGCCGUUGGUUAAUUCGACAAUGAGAUCGAUUGCUGGGUCGUCUUCGAUGUCAUCAAAUUCUUCGACAUCUUCGACGAACGAAACUGAGAUGGAAAAUACCGCGAUUGAGAAUAAUUUGAGGAAUUCAACUUUGAUCGCCGUGAAUAAUCAAGAGAAAUUGGGACUUCCGAAAGUGAACCACAGAAGAUGGGAUUCCGCUCCUGUUGCGAAUAAUCGACUACAAAUCGCAAAUCCCGAGGACUCGUUACGCGUCUUGUGGGUGUAGAAAAAGCAUGUCUUGCCUCUAAAUUCAUCCAUGUAUCUAAAAAAAAUUAAUUUAAAUUUAUUUUUUAAGUUUUAAAAAAAAUUAUUUAAAAAAUGAUAAAAUAUUAACCAAAGCAUACAAAAAAAAAUUCCCGUAAAAGCUUUCUUACAUAGAAAAUAACUAAAAAUCCAUAUUUUUUGCAUUUUUUAAAAAUAAAAUAAAUUAAUUAAAUUUUUUUUUCCAACUAAAAAAAAUACUAAAAAAAAUAAUAAAUCAAAAAAUAUCGGCUUGUAUGCUUUUUUUAAAUAAAAAAGUUAAUAAAAUAAUAUUUUAUUGUAUUUA